AUGGCGCUCCUCAAUUGCUCUCGAUGGCGCCUUCGACAAUCCAGCCUGCUCUACUCGCUCUACGUCCUCGCGCUGCUCUGUCUGACCGCCACCCUCGUCAUCUGGUAUGGCGUCAACUCCGACCGGGACUACAUCCACCCGCUGUUGACCCAGCUCAUCCCCGCCGGUCACUGCGCCUGUGAAACCUCGACUACCUUCCAAUGCGCCAGCUGUCUGUCCUGCGCGCAGCAGACCAUCGUCAAUCCCCUGUCGCCCUCCGAGUCGUGGGAGUUCCAACCGGCCCGCGACGCCCACAACGAAGCCCUCGACCGGGACCAGUGCCUGGGCGCCUUCCCGGGGCUCUUCGAGGACAUCGACCGCGCCGCAACCCACUGGCAGGCCCAGGGGUAUCUGGGGACGGAUGAGCUCGACGACAUCCCACUGGCGCACGGCAUGGCGCGGGCGUUCAUCCACCACGGCGACCUGCACGUCGUGGCAGCGCGCGCCCGCGGCGAGGACCACCGCCGCAAGAUCCUCGCCGUACUGAGCGCCAUGCACCGCGCGCUGGUCGCAGACGGCAACCGCGCGGCGCGGCGCGACAUCGAGUUCGUCUUCUCCGUCGAGGACAAGGUCGAGGACGUCACGGACGGAGCGAACCCCGUGUGGGUGCUGGCGCGCACCGUACCAGAGACGGGGGUCUGGCUGAUGCCCGAUUUUGGCUUCUGGGCCUGGGAGAACCCGCAGAACUCGAUUGGGCCGUACGACCAGGUCGUGGACCGCAUCCGCCGCCUCGACGCUGGCCCCUUCGAGGAGAAAACCCCGCAGCUGGUGUGGCGCGGGAAGCCGAGUUUUGCGCCGAAAUUGCGCCGUGCGCUGAUGGACGCUGCGCGUGAUAAACCCUGGGGCGAUGUGAAACAGGUCGAUUGGACGGAUCACACCAAUAUCCUCCGGAUGGAGGACCAUUGUCGCUACAUGUUUAUCGCACAUGUCGAGGGUCGCUCGUACUCGGCCUCCCUCAAAUACCGCCAGGCCUGCAACUCGGUCAUCGUCGCCCACAAACUCCAAUACAUCCAGCACCACCACUACCUGCUGGUGUCCGACGGCCCGAACCAGAACUACGUCGAAGUCGAGCGCGACUUCAGCGACCUCGCCGACAAGAUCGAGCCGCUCCUCCGCGAUCCGGGUCGCGCGGCGCGUAUCGCCGAGAACAAUGUGCGCACGUUCCGCGACCGCUACCUGACCAAGGCGGCCGAGGCGUGCUACUGGCGCAUGCUGUUUGACGAGUACGGCCGCGUCUGGAACAGCAGUGUGCCCGUGUGGUCGGAGGAGGCGCAGAAAGAACGCGGGCUGCGGUACGAGUCGUUCUUGUUGCUGGAUAGCCCAGGCCAUGUUCGACUUUGCAGCGAUUGCGCACUGAAAAGACCAGUCUUAAUGCUUGCGUCACGCUAUACAUACAUAAUAUCGGAGUUGGGAGUCUCAGCGAUACCAGACGAUUGUUGGUGUUAUGCUUUGCUUUGGGAUUGA